UUACAGCAUCGACCUUUGAAAAAACCCACUCAUAUCUAUAGACAACGUUCAUGGCAAAAGGGAGAUCAACAAACAGUCCCAUCUAUUUUAAAUACCUGCUUGUUUGCAUUUCAACAUGAGAAGAAUUCUUUGUAUUAUCUUGUGUGCUAUUCAUUUGCCUAUUUUAACUUAUGCCUCUGUCCAGUAUGUGCCACUGGGCAACAAAGUAACAUUACCAUGUGACGUUUAUGGUGACCAAAGAACCUUGAAGUGGUUGCACAGAAACAAAGACAAUGAGUUAAACACUAUUUUUUCUAUAAUUUCGGGCUACACUUUCCAUAACAAACUUCUGUCAGUCAGAAAAAAAAUUACCAGGAACCUUUCUUUAGAAAUCAGUCCUUUCACUGAGAUGGACACGGGGACAUAUGUUUGCCAAGUGUGCAUACUUAAAAAUAAAUGCACUGAUGGCAAACCAGUAAACUUAUUACCCCAGUUUGCAUUAAAGGCAAUGUUUAUUAUAGAAGGUGAUCAAUUCAGUUAUAGCUGCCGCUACAAUUUAAACCCAAAAGCGGACUGGAGAUUUGAAGCUCUUGGAGAAAACAUUACCAUUUCUGUAAACCACAAAUGGACAAAUGAAGGUGUAUUGUUCAUUCCGGAUGUUCAUCCAGCUAAUGCAGGCAAAUACAGCUACUGGGGAGAAACAUCAACUGGACAGCAAAGAAUGUGUUCUGUGUCUCUGUGUGUACUUACAGUCAGAGCCAUAAAUCUGACUGAUUCUCCACAGAAUUGUACCCUGUACUGUGAUGUAGAUGUGGAUGCAGAUGAAGAUGACUUGGCAGAUGUAUUAGCAGAUAAAUGGAAUAUCUCAAUUACUGGGAGAGUAAACAAGCCAAGGAGUUUUUUGAGCUGUAGGCUGCUGAGAAAUGUGUUAGAGACAAACAAAUUCAGCCUUGUAGAUGUCACUGCCACUCCUCACUCCUAUGCUAGUCCAUCUGAUGCUAUUCCAUCCAGUACAGCAGACAGACGGUACAGCAGCCGUCCCCCAGUAGCUGUAUUAAUAAGCAUGUCUGCUCUUUUUUUCAUCAUCAUCGCUCUUGUAAUAUUUUUAUUUGUUUUACGACAAAGGGCAGACAGAGGCUCUAGAGGUGCACACAGACAUUCAGAGAUAUACAUAAGUCUCAAGGACAAAAGCAACUAUUCGGGCAAAGUGAAGCUGUUGGAGGUGGUUUAG